AUGACUGAUCAGUUUCCUGCACGCAGAACUGAAGGAUCAGUUUCCAACAGUAGAGCCAUGGGGCAGUUUGACCAAGUUGGUGGUGGCCCCUUUUACGACUCUUCCUCCACAUCUAAAUUAACGUUUGCUUCCAAUUCUUUCAUUCAUGGGACAGACGCAGAAGCCAUUGCCUUUAACUUUCCUCCCCAGAUCAAUAUGACGGCGAUAGGAGAUGCUUCCAUUUCCCAUAACGAGAUUCGGUUCACCAAAACUCAACUAAACUCUAGCCUGAACUCGAGCCUUGGAUGGGCAAUUUAUAAUGAUUUAAUUCCUCUGUGGGAUGGUUUUUCAGAAGCUGAGGCAAAUUUUUCUACCCAUUUUCAAUUCGUUAUUUCUAAGCCCUCUGAUAAAAGAGCGACUGGGGCUGGACUCGCUUUCUUCCUCGCGAAUUCUGGAAUGAAUAUUGAGAACCCUAGUCCGGGAGAAUAUCUUGGCCUCUUUAAAAAUACAACAGAUGGAAAUACAUCGAAUCAGAUUGUGGCCGUGGAGUUUGUCACAUCCAAGGAAACUGAUAUCGAUUCCAGUGAUGAAAUCGAUGUGGGAAUUGAUGUCAACAGAAUAAAAUCCAAGAAAAAUGUCUCACUUUAUGGUCUUUCCGGCAACAUAGGAAAAUGGGACGCAUGGGUGGGUUACGAUGGCACUGUAAAUCGGCUUCAAGUGUUUCUUUUAUUUAACCCUAAUGGCACUGAUGCUUCUAAACCAGCAAACCCAUUCCAUUGGGAUGAUAUAGAUCUGCGGCAACAUCUUCCCGAGAACGUCAUAGUUGGCUUUUCGGCCUCCACUGGGAGCGGGUACGCAAUCGAGCUUCACACGGUGCGCGUUUCGAAUUUUUCAUGUCAAUAUUCGUGGGAGAUUCAAACCGACGCCAUAGCCCCGGCUCCAGAAACGAGAACUCCUGGCCAAGGUCAUACGCGAAAAGAGAAUUCUUCUGCAAAGAUCAUAUUGAGCGAUGAGGAGUUCAACAAAUCGCUUCGCGAGGCAGCGCAAUCUGCUCUGGAGUUUUCUUAUGCUGAGCUCUGCGUGGCUACAAACAAUUUCAGCGACGACAAAAAGAUUGGACUUGGCGGCUUCGGAUUUGUUUACAGAGGGACUUUGCUUAGCACAAACGAAGCUGUGGCGAUUAAGAGAGUAUCUCCGUCGUCCAAGCAGGGGAAACGUGAGUACCUAACAGAGAUUUGCAUAAACAGUAAGCUUAAUCACCAUAAUCUCGUGAAGUUUCUGGGAUGGUCCCAUCGAAAGGGCGACUUGCUUCUGGUUUACGAGUUACUCCCAAAUGGAAGUCUGGACAAGCAUAUUUUUGAAAAUCCGGAAACUCCACUGGAUUGGGAUCGAAGAUACAGCAUAGCCUGUGAUGUAGGUUCUUCUCUGGUUUAUCUUCAUGAGGAUCGCCAUGAGAGCGUUGUGCAUAGAGAUAUCAAAGCGAGCAAUGUGAUGCUGGAUUCAAAUUUCAAAGCGAAGCUGGGUGAUUUUGGCCUUGCCAGAAUGGUUGAACGCGAAAAAGUAGGACACACGACAACGCCAGCGGGUACAAUUGGGUAUAUGGCGCCGGAGUUCGUAACAACAGGAAAGGCCACACGAGAAAUAGAUGUGUUCAGCUUCGGAGCCCUGAGUCUGGAAAUUGCCUGCGGAAAACGACCCGCAGACUGGAGCUUGAUUGAACACAAUUGUAGAGUGGUAGAAUGUGUUUGGCACUUGCAUGAACAGCACAGGAUUCUUGAUGCAGCAGAUGAGAAACUGGACAGAAAUUUCAAUGUUGCGGAAAUGGAAAGGCUGCUGAAAGUGAGAUUGUUAUGUUCUCAUCCCGAUCCCAAUGCCAGACCGAGUAUGCAAAAAGUGGUGGGUAUAUUGAAAAGAGGAGCUGAGUUGCCUCAUGUUCCUCUCAAGUUCCCUGUAGCAGUGUAUAGUGACCGUAUUUCUCUCAAUGCCCUGCCAUCAUCAUCAUCAUCCUCGACUUCAACAGAAGUGGGAGGGAGCAUGGUAUUCCCCACUUAUUUCGCUCCUUCAGAACCUCGUUCCGAUUCAGAUUAG